AUUCUUAUUAUUUAGAUAUAUUUAGUUUAUAUAUUCUCUAAAUAGAGAACUGACAUACGUAUAACACAGAUCAUUUUAAUAAUAACACUUUCCAUCAUUUGAAGUUAUUGAAUUUAGUUUUUUAUAUCAUAGUAGUUGUUGUCCGUUUUGACUGAAUAUUUUCCCACUGUUGACAUAUAAUUUUCGCUCCUUGUGCUUUCUCUUCAGGAGUAUCCCAAUGCUAAUUAGUACAGCGAGCAGAUUUGGUGUUUGGUGCUGUUCUCUUACACCUUCGGUCCGUCUUUUCUCCAGAUCCAGUAACAUGGCCAAAAGUAAGUUUGAGUAUGUGCGCAACUUCGAAACAGAUGACACCUGUCUGCGGAACUGCUACAUUGUCGUGAGACUGGAUGGUCGCAAUUUUCACAAGUUUGCAGAGCAGCACAAGUUUGCAAAGCCCAAUGACGACAGGGCCUUGGGGCUGAUGACAAGGAGUGCACGCUCUGUCAUGGAAGAACUGGAGGAUAUUGUUGUUGCCUAUGGCCAAAGUGAUGAGUUCAGCUUUGUUUUCAAGCGGUCUUCUACCUGGUUCAAAAGAAGAGCCAGUAAGCUCAUGACCCACGUGGCCUCCCAGUUUUCCUCCUCGUACGUGUUUUACUGGAAGGAGUUUUUUGAGAAUCAGCCCCUCCUGUACCCUCCGGGAUUUGACGGACGGGUGGUCCUAUAUCCUAGCAAUCGUAACCUUAGAGACUACCUUAGCUGGAGGCAGGCAGACUGUCACAUAAAUAAUUUGUACAACACAGUGUUUUGGAUGUUAGUGCAAAGAAAAGGACUCAGCACAACACAGGCAGAGGAUCGCUUAAAGGGAACAUUGGCUGGAGAUAAAAAUGAGAUCCUCUUCACAGAAUUUGGUAUCAACUACAACAAUGAAUCUGCCGUCCACAAGAAAGGUACCACCCUCAUCUGGGAAAAGCGAGAUGAGACUGUCAUUAAACGCACAAAGCUGCCAAAUGGGGAGGAAAAGGACAUGCCCGUCACACGUAGCAGGAGGAGGGUAGAGGCCUACCAUUGUGACCUUAUAGGAGAGCAGUUCUGGGAGGAGCACCCAGACAUCCUGGAGGAUGACAACUGCUAACCGAACUUUUCCUGUUGAAGGAGAACAACUCUGAACGCAUCUGACCUCGGAGGUGGAAGCGGACCCUUUUAAGCAGCCACUCCAGAGCUACAGCUUUAUAUUGACUUUGUGUCAAAUGACAUGUUACCCAUGAAGAUCUAAUGUAUUCUUACUUUCAUAUAUAAAAAUGUUCCUAAGAUGUUGGAACUUCCCUUCUUUGACUGCAUAAUGAUGUCUGUCAUGUUUAAAGAAAAGCAGAUGUGAGUGUUUUAAUAGUGUGAUAUCUAUUUACUCCUGCAUGUGGCUCUCCUAAGGUUGCCUUUCCCAAAAUAUGCCCUCAUCUGAUACCAUGAAUGACAUUUAGAAUACUACCAACACUUGAUCUUUCAGUACGUUUGACAUAUUUUCUCUUGGCCUCCUGCUCUUAUUACUCAGGGGUAUUCAGCAUGUGUCAAAUCUAUUUUACCUUAAAAUUCUAAUCCUUGAGUUUUAAUACUACUUCUUCAAAGCAUUCCCUUGCAGUGUCCAGUAAGAAAAGAAAUAAGCAGAGUAAAGCAGAAAUCAAUACCUUGACAGGAACUCACGGCCUUGUCUUGAAGCCAGCUUACCAUUUAGAGACGUGAAUGGGCUGCACUGUCAUCGGAGCUAAGAAUACCUCACACACCCUGCAUACACUUUAUCCUUGACAUGUGCACUGUGGGGUAGUUAUCAUCACACUUAUAAAUGACCGGCUCAGUAUGAAUGGCUGCUGGAAGCCUAAACUAGUAGGAGCCUACUGUAUGUUGUUACUUUAGGUGGACUCAGUUACAGUUGAUAUUUUUGGUUCUGUGACCUUGUUAAAAGCAUUUAGCUGUACUGUAUUUUAUGUAAUUAGAAUUUAACUUUCUAAGCACAGAUGUGGAGCAAAUUCUAAUACGGAGGCCUUUUUGUUUCAAAUAUACAGCGGUCAUUAUCUAGAAUGACUUCAUGAACAAUUAUAUACAGAUACAGUUAUAUAGUAAUUAAAAUAUCAGCAUAUACUAUAUUAUACUGUAUGUUACUUUAAUAACAUAUAUAAUCUGUAUGCCUGAGUCAUUG